AUGGAAGAGGCCACGGCUUCUCCCGUGUCGCCGCCCGCGUCCGUGCGCGACUACAAGGGCUUUGUGGCAGGCGUCUUCAGCGGCAUCGCCAAAUUGACCGUCGGCCACCCCUUCGACACAGUCAAGGUCCGCCUCCAAACGACACAGUCAAGCCGCUUCUCGGGCCCCCUCCAGUGCGUCCUGCAGACGGUGCGCCAUGAGGGCGUCACGGGGCUGUACAAGGGCGCGACGCCGCCGCUGGUCGGGUGGAUGUUUAUGGACUCUGUGAUGCUGGGCUCGCUCAACGUCUACAGGAGGGUCUUGGCCGAGCACGUCUUUGGGGCGGACUCGUGGGCGCCGGGGCUCGAAGCGGUGACGUAUCUGCCGCCCCUGGGCCACGGCCUCGCGGGCAUCAUGGCCGGCGCAACAGUCAGCUUCAUCGCCGCCCCCGUCGAGCACGUGAAAGCCCGGCUGCAGAUCCAGUACGCGGCCCUCAAGACGGAGCGCCUGUACUCGGGCCCGCUGGACUGCGUCCGCAAGAUCUACGCGCACCACGGCCUGCGCGGCAUCUACCACGGCCUGUCCGCGACGCUGCUCUUCCGCGGCUUCUUCUUCUUCUGGUGGGGCAGCUACGACGUGCUGUCGCGCGUGCUGCGCAGGAACACGAGCCUGAGCGCGCCGGCGGUCAACUUCUGGGCCGGCGGCCUCAGCGCGCAGGUCUUUUGGCUGACGAGCUACCCGAGCGACCUCGUCAAGCAGCGCAUCAUGACGGAUCCGCUGGGCGGCGGGCUGGGGGACGGGGAGAGGCGCUUUGCGAGGUGGAGGGAUGCGGCGGCGGCGGUGUAUAGGGAGGGCGGGUGGAGGGCUUACUGGCGAGGGUUUUUGCCGUGUUUUCUCAGAGCCUUUCCGGCAAACGCCAUGGCGCUGGUUGCGUUUGAGGGCGUCAUGAGGACGUUGCCUUGA